AUGAAUUCAAACAACAGAAGACUUAAACGCUAUGCAUUCAUCCAAUACGACGACCAAAUGGAUGCUCUCAACGCUGUCUUAUCACAAGACGGACAGAUGAUUGCCGGACAGGCUAUU